UGACGUCAGGGGUCCAGAGAGAGGCUCCGGUAGAGGCGACCGGAGCGGCUGAAGGAGCUCGAGGCGGCCGGUGGGGGGGGGGGAACCGGGUGGUGGCACCGGUGGCACCGCGGAGGGAGGACGACAACGAGGAGGAGGAGGACAAGGACAAGCGACAGCGACACCGGCAGCGGCGACACCGGCGGGGGGGUCCCAGCGGCUCGGAGCCCGGCGCCCCCCCCCUCCCCAGCUCUGCCGGGCGUCCCCGGGCGGCGGUGCUGACAGCCCGCCCGGAGCACCGGGGGCGGCCGCGGCCACCAUGUCCUCCCCCAGCCCGGGCAAGAGGCGGAUGGACACCGACGUGGUCAAGCUUAUUGAGAGCAAGCAUGAAGUCACAAUCUUAGGAGGACUCAAUGAAUUUGUUGUGAAGUUUUAUGGACCACAAGGAACACCAUAUGAAGGUGGAGUGUGGAAAGUUAGAGUCGACCUUCCUGAUAAAUACCCUUUUAAAUCGCCGUCUAUAGGAUUCAUGAAUAAAAUUUUCCAUCCCAACAUUGACGAAGCGUCAGGAACUGUAUGUCUAGAUGUAAUCAAUCAGACUUGGACAGCUCUGUACGAUCUCACCAAUAUAUUUGAAUCGUUCCUGCCCCAGCUGCUGGCCUAUCCCAACCCUAUAGAUCCUCUAAAUGGUGAUGCUGCAGCCAUGUACCUCCACCGACCAGAAGAGUACAAACAGAAAAUUAAAGAAUACAUUCAGAAAUAUGCAACAGAAGAAGCACUAAAAGAACAGGAAGAAGGCACCGGGGACAGCUCAUCUGAGAGCUCCAUGUCUGACUUCUCGGAAGAUGAGGCUCAGGAUAUGGAGUUGUAGUAAAAGAGGCAACCUGAUUUUUGGAGAGACUCUUAAUUUCCUAACCAUAAGAAGCAGACUAUAAUAUUCAUAUUUAAACAAAGCAAUUUUUUUUAUUACUAAACAAGGUUUUUAUGAAUAAUAGCAUUGAGAUAUAUAUAUCACCCUUUAGAUCUUGAUUUUCUUGGUCAUUUCUCGAACCCGAGGUGCAUAGCAUAUUCCCACAUUCCAUUUUGGUAGCAAUAUGCAGCCCGAAUGCAUGCAUUCAGAUUCCAUUUGGCCAAGUCAACUUGUGUGCUACUAAACUGUCAGCUAAAACAGCUGCCCUGGUAGGUAGGGAGUUAGUCAAAAGAGAUGUUUUGCUUUCUUUUAUCAGAGGUUUCCAAAGACACCACCUUGGAUGCUAACAUGGAGCAGCAUUUCUCAAAGCCUAAAGUCUGGGGGAUGAUACACUUUAGUGUGUAGAUCAGACAGUGGAAUAAAAAGGUGCUCCUUCAGGUCAACCUUGCUGAUCCUACUUCACAUGGAGUCGCAUUAAAAACCCAGUCAGAGAGAGUACAAAUGCAUGGAGCUAUUGAGAGCGUUGAAGCUUAAACUAAGUUGACUUGGAUUUGAAGGCUGUUUUUCCCUAUGUGGACUCCUGCCUGCCCUUCUGAACUGUAGGGACUGACAACCACUGGUCUAUUUGCUUUCUGGGGACUUUUGAAAGCCUUUCGUCUGGAUGUGACUCACUUCCCUGGUGUGGAUUACCAGCUGUUCCCUUUGUGGGAGGAAGAAAGAACGAACAACACAAACCACAAGUGAUGCUCUCUGAACAGUGCUUUGAUUUAGCUGGAGCACAUCUGAAGUCCAAACUCUUCCUUUGUCAUAGUUUUGGAACUGCUGCCCUUUAAUGGCUUCGAGAUUGCUUUUUGGGUUUAUUUUUUGGGGUUUUUUUUGGGGUUUGGUUUAUUUUCUUUCUCUUGCUUGAAGUAUGGUUAAACACCUCGCAAGCACUCUCCAUCUCCUAAGAGAGGGUCCUCUGACCAGAUGGAUUAGCCUGGCUGAGAGCUUCAGAUCCACGACGACUGGCCCCAUUGGCUGUAGUCCACGAAUCCAUCGGCACUGGUUUCUGUUUUCCUUUUUGCCUCCCCCUUCUGCACCAGCUUGGUAGCCAUCUGCUUGUGUGUGUACAACAGGAUUAAAGUUCCUUUAAGAGUUAACAAAAGAAUAUGAUCUAGAAAGGUAAUUGAGAUGAAUAAAAGAGCCUAAAAGCACCCGCUGAGGAAGCAAAGUGAA